UUUAGGGUUUUCGUAGGAGUUUUUCGUGACUUGGCAACUCGAUCUUGGUCCGCGCGCAACCCUAUAUCACAUGGCCUACCUGAGAGGAUUCCAGGAAUAGCUUUGGGAGUAACAGGACUAGUGGGAAUACCAGCUGCUAGUAUACUUGAGGUUACUGGAAAAACUGCACAGAGUAUUAGAAACAGAAGCAGAUUAUACCAAAUGGGUUCACAACGUUGUAGAGUUCGUUUGCCAAGGCCUUUAAGCAGAGAACUUCCUUUGAGGCCUUACUCUUGGGAAGAAGCUGUUGGAAUAUCGGUGCUUAAGGAAGCUGAUGAUGGCAAGCUCAAGGAUGAAAUCUAUGUCAUGUCCAAGGCACUCAAAAACCCCGGUAAAUAUGUCAUCAUGACAGAGAGACUUGUGUUGGUUGUUAAUUGCCCGAGUCUUGUGGACUUGGGGAAACCUGAAUUCUGAGGUGUUGCAGCUAAUCAAGAGUGGGUGAUAGAAACAGAAAUUAGCCUGCAUAGUGUAAUCCACACUGAUGCUGAUGAUGGGGUGGUACAUAUUGUUGGAAGCAGUUCAGAUGCAUUGUUAAGACAGAAUCAGCAGAUGUCGAGGAAGGGUGGUGGCGGUGGGACGAAGAUGCGGUGGAAUAGUCCAUCAACUCCGCUUCCACUUUUUCAGACCAACUUGGAACUGGAAUCAGAAGAAGACACAAAGCACUUUUUACGGGUUUUGCUUUCUACAAUUGAACAGGGGAAAGAGCAAGGGGGAAGUGAAUAUCUAUUGCAGAGAAGUAGUAUCAGGUAGAUUUCCUUUAUUAGUUCCUUUUCUGUAAGCCUUUUUCACCCCCAGUAAGAACAGGAGAAUAUAUAUAGUUAAAAACAAAGGUCCCUAACAUAGUUCACCAAAAAAAAAAAAAAGAAAAGAGAGGAAAUAGCUAGAUAGGAGUUGAGCUGGAAAGCAUUUGGUUUUUACUCUUGCAUUUAUUCAUUCUCGUGUAUAUAGUUUGUACAAAAUUAUAUUUUACAAUAAUAGAUAUAUACAAAAAGUUGGUUCUGCUA